CCGCCGCCUGACAAAUCCCAUUUUACACAUAUAAAAAUAUCAGUGUGUAACUGUGUGUGUGAAUAAAUUUUUAGUAAAGCCGACGGCCAAGGCAGUGAAAAUUUUAGUGUGCAAAAGAAAAUAAAAUGCAAUAAGCAACAAACAAUAAACAGCAAACACUUGAAAGUAAAAACAAACAAAUAUAGAAAUCUUAAGACGCAAUAAGAUCGCAUUUGGCUACUCGUCUUUAGAUUGAAACCAAGGCAAGUUACAAGCAGCAGCAGCAGCAGAGUCUGAGAGCAAAGCAAAAGUCCAACGCCCAAGAUGGUGCUGGUGCUAAACGGUGUGCUGCAGGAUGACUGCCCCAUGGACACAAAUACGCUGUUCUUGCAGCAUCCGGUGUACAGAGAUUAUGCACAGCAGCUGCACUCCAUACAGGCCAAGUCGGUGGGUCCUGUGGGUCUGCUCUAUGUUGGGCAACGUGAAAUGGCCGCUGCGGCGCCGCACGACAAGAACAUAAACAUUAUUGGCGCCGACGAUGCCACCACCUGUAUUAUUGUUGUUGUACGGCACUCAGGUUCUGGUGCUGUUGCUUUGGCGCAUUUCGAUGGCAGCGGCGUGGACGAGGCGGUAUGCACCAUGAUGUCGCGCGUGCAGGAGCUCGCCUUGGGUUACCCAGAGGGUCGCAUUGAGUUGCAGCUAAUUGGCGGAUACAGGGACUCGCAGGGCUAUGGCGAGGAUGUUUUUUACAGCAUUAUGCAAUCAUUCCACAAGCAUCACCUUGAGAUUGACUUGACGCAGGCCUGCGUGGGCGAGCUUAACACAAUGCUGCGCGGUGAGAUUAAUUGUCCCAUCAUCUAUGGCGUGGGCGUCAACAUCAAGACUGGCGAAAUAUUUCCGGCCUCGUUUGCUGAUCGAGGACCCGAUCGACAAUUGCGCGAUGCGCGCAUCUUUAUGGGCUCACAGACCGUGCUUGAUGUCUAUGACUCCGCGCUGGGCAUGCUGCGCAUUGGCCCGUUUAACUAUGACCCCUUGCGUGGCGCUGAUUUAUGGCUAUCGCAAACGGAUGAGUUUCUGCUGCGGCACUUGUCCUCCAGUCCGGAUGUAGAGCCGUCGCACUUUGCGCCACAGAUGCGUGCCACAAUAAGAUUCAUACAGGAGAACCAGUUUCCCGCUGUUACCGUCUUUAGGGAUAAUCGACCCCGCUAUUAUAGACGUGACGAUGCCACGGGCUGCUGGGUUUUGGUUAGAUAUUAAAGCUUAUAUUUAGUUUUGUUUAGUUGUUACGCCCGUAGAGCAACAGUCUCUCUCUCUCCUGUAUAUCUCAAUGUAUAAAUUGGUGCAUGUGUUAAUUGUUCCGCUUACAGCUUA